UUACAAUUACUGCUAACAUUAUAGAUUAAAAACUUCAACGUCAGUGAUUCAUAACUAACAUCACAUUUAGUAAUGGCACCCAUUGCCACAAAAUGCAGUGUUUUGCUGCACCAGCUCUCCGAUGCUGCAGUCGGGAGUGGCAGAUGCCCUGAGCGGAGCCUCACUCAAGCAUCUCUUGGUGGCAGCAAAAUAAAGACUGAAGGCCCUGAAGUUCCUGCUAUCUACAUCAAGGAGGAGCCUGAGGGUGAAACUGAAGAAGUAUCUAUCAAAGAGGAACCAUUUGUAAAUGAAAAUGAGGCUUGUGCACCUGUGCAUCUCAGCCCGGCAUCUGCACUCUCCUCCUGUGUGCCGUUCAAGAUGGAAACUAAAGCUGAGGCUUGCAAUGCUCACCCAAACUCUUCUCAGAACAUUUCUGCUCUGGUAUCAAAUCAG